UCAUAUUCCCUCGCCUGGUCUGAGCUCUCUCACUCCUCGUACAUCCCUCCACAUUUGUUCUGUUUCAGCUCGGACCGUAGCUCCAGCUGCUGUAGGUGUCGGAGGAUCAGCAGGACCAGGAUCAGCCGGAUCAGGAUCAGCAGGAUCAGCAGGAUGGGUCCCGUCGAGCUCCUCCACAUGUCGGUCUUCUCUCAGAGUUUUUCUCCCUGCGGUCGAUACCUGGCAGCAGGAAACAACUACGGAGAGAUCGCCCUCUUCAGCCUGUCUGCAGCUCUGAGUCCAGACGCCACCGCUCUGAGUCAGAAACCUGUUCUCACCUUCACAGCUCAUGAAGGUCCCGUCUUCGCUCUCAUCUCCUCCGACUGUCACCUCCUCAGUGCAGGAAACGGAGAGAUCAGAGCCUGGAGCUGGACCGAGCUCAUCAAGAAGAACAUCAAACCUCUGUGGACGAAAAGACCGAACUACAAGUCCAGCCUAGAGAUCCCAGAGAUCAACGCAAUGAUCAUCAACCCCAGAGAUAAUAGUCUCGUGGUCGGAGGAGGAGACAACAACGUCCACAUCCUGGACCUGGAACACGGAGUCUUCAAGUCGGUCCUUCAGGGUCACACCGACUACAUCCACUGUGUGAGUGUGAGAGAGCGGGAGGCCGACAUCCUGUCAGGGGGCGAGGACGGCGCCGUGAGGAUCUGGGACAGCAGGAUGGAUCAGUCUGUUCACUGCAUCGAGGUUUACAAGUACGAGAGCUGUGCUCGGCCUCAGUACGGUAAAUGGAUCAGCUGUGUGACCACUGACUCUGACUGGAUGCUGUGUGGUGGAGGUCCGUCUCUGUCUCUGUGGCACCUCCGCUCUCUGUCCCCGACCUCCAUCUUCCCCCUGACAGGCUGCCAGAGACAAGCUGCCUUCCACCAGGACAUGAUUCUGGCUGUAGGUGAUGGUCCAUUCGUGUCUCACUGUCUGCUGGGUGGAGAAGUCAAAGCUCAGAUCCCCUGUACACCACAGAGCCUCAACACUCUGCAGAUCAACACCAACAGCACUGAGCACAGGGUACUGACAGCAGGAGGCAGCAGUGAUCACAUCGACGUGUUCACCAACCUGUCCUACAGAGCCUUCUCACUCAGCUUCUGACACACACACACACACACACACACACACACACACACACACACACACACACACACACACACGGUGCUGACCUGAGUGUUUGUGUUUUUUUACUGUUGUUCAAAAACUCACCUUUCAUCUUUUGUAUCAUUUAGUCUGAAAAUAAUAAAAUAUUUUUGUCUCAUUUUAUAAAA